GCCAGUUUCUCUCUUUCACACUCUGCCACCAAGACACACAGAAGAUCUUCCCGCUCAGUGGACAUUUGCACAUCGAUCAGAUCUGCAUACACCAGGUCUGCUCGGAUUUAACCUCGCGGAGUGCCGGCUCUGGCCCAGGCUGCAGCCAUGCCUCUCCUGGAAGAGACCACUCUGCCACAAGAGCACCCACCCACUGUUCCUGUGGUCAUCAUAGGCAACGGGCCAUCGGGUAUUUGUUUGUCCUACCUGCUGAGUGGAUACAAGCCGUACUUAGACCCAGCAACUGUCCACCCAAACCCAAUACUAUACAGGAAACUACAGGACACCAAGCAUCUACCCAUUACUGAACAGGAUCUGGAAUAUCUGAGUGAAGGUCUUGAGGGGAGGUCAAGUAAUCCGGUGGCUGUGCUUUUCGACACACUCCUGCAUCCUAAUGCUGACUUUGGCUACAAAUUCCCUUCUGUCCUUCAGUGGAGGAGGGACAAGCAGCAACACAUCCCACAUCUGGUUCUGGGCAGGGGAACACCUGGGGGUGCUUGGCAUGCAAUGGAAGGCUCCAUGCUGACUAUUAGUCUUGGCAUCUGGAUGGAGCUCCCCGGGGUCAACUACAAAGACCUGACCAAUGGGAAACGCAGGGAUGUAACCAGUGACAGAGCCACACCAGAGGAGAUUUCAUCCUAUUACUGUAACUAUGUGAAGCUAAAGGGUCUUCAAAAGAACUUUGUUGACAACACCUACGUGACCUCCAUCCAGAAACUCUACCGGGGGCAUGAUGGAGAAGGUCUUGAAAACGGUCACACUCAUCAAGGAGAUGGAGGGGUGGGAGAUGGAGUGAAUGAGAGAUUUGAGGGAAAUGGAGAAGUGUGCGUAAUGAGUGGAGGAGGGGGGGCUCUGUGGGAAGUAAGGGGAUACCAGCAGGUGCAGAAUGACACUCACGUCCCUUUCUGCCUGUUUGCUGAAAAUGUAGUCCUGGCCACCGGUGCUUCCGACUCACCAGUUCGACUGGGUGUAGAGGGGGAGGAUCUGCCUUUUGUGUUCCACAGUAUCUCAGACCUAGGCUUGGCAGUUAGCCAGAGGAAACUGGAUAAGAACUCCGAUCCCGUUCUAAUCGUGGGUGCUGGUUUAAGCGCUGCCGAUGCAGUUCUGUGUGCUUGCAACAGCAACAUUCGAGUGUUGCAUGUUUUUCGCAAGAGAAUCGACGACUCAGACCUCAUCUUUAAGCAGCUUCCCAAGACACUGUACCCAGAGUACCACAAAGUCUACAACAUGAUGUGCUCUCAGGCUUACACAAACGUGGCUCCCUCUUCUGCUUCUAACAGACCCCAGGCAGUUAGUAUUGCCUCUUCAGUAUGUGCCAAGAUGUGCCCAAAGCCUCAGCUUGCUGCGGGUAAUGUGGCUGGUAACGCUAGUGUUAACCUGUUUCCCGACUACACCAGUUUCCCCGAACACUGUGUGGUGUCCUUCCAGUCUGACAUGAAAUGUCUGCUGCAGGGAAACAACUCCCUCAAGGCAUUCAAGAUCUCCAUGGUCCUGGUUCUGAUUGGGACCAACCCAGACUUAUUUUUCUUGAAGGGGCAAGGCCAGUACCUGGGUCAGGAUCCAACAAGACCCAUCUCCUGCAAGCAAAAUCCAAUAGAUAUCGACCCCUACACCUUUGAGUGCACCAAGGAGCCAGGUCUGUUUGCCAUGGGCCCACUGGUGGGAGACAACUUUGUUCGCUUUUUGAAGGGUGGUGCGUUAGGCAUCGCCUCCUGUUUGCUGAAGAGACUCAAGAAGAAAGGGAAGCUCAUCAGCAACGGAGGAAACAACAUAAUGUGAAAACACGAUGAGGAUGAGUGCGACACGUUGAUCUUAGGGCACACAUUUCAAACCCUUUUACCAUGAUAUAAAAGGUGAGGAGAAACUUUUAAUAUAUUUUCUUCAUUAAUGCAGUGUUUUCUCAUCAAAGCUAAAGCAUUUUUACAACUUUUUAAGACCAAAAAGACAAUGGUUGUACUUUAAUUUGUUUCUAACGAAACAAAAGACAACUUUCAAGAGUCUUGUCUGACUUCAUGUGAAGUCUCCAUAUGUCCAAGCUACUGUGUGCCAACGUUUUCUAGUCAGUCUGUAACCUCAUAACUGAACAGGACCUUACACUCAUCAGGGUUAUUUAUUCAUUCACCAUGUGUCUUCAAUUCAUCUACUAACAAUGCUUAACUCGAUGUUGUAUCAUGCUUUAAAUUUCUUUUAGCUUAGCCUGUAGGGAAAACUAAAAAAUAAAGGACACUUGUUAAUUCCCAUCCAACUUACUGAUGUAAGUGAUGGUUUAGUGGUCCGACUUACAAAACCUACAAACUGGAAUUCAGCCACAAGUAGUGUUUGUUCUAUGACGCUGUAACCCAACAGUUUCAUGGCUACAGUCACACUAGGGAAAAUAGAAAUGUAUUGCAACUAGCUGCAAUGAUCUUGCAAUUGUGUUGCAUUUGAGGUGGUUGCUUUGAAAAUGGGGACCAGGUCUGCAACUACUCGCAAUCAGUUGCUGUGUUCAAAGCAACUUUGUGAGUGACCGAGCCAAUCUGGGAUCAGUUUGGGUCAAGAAGGAAAUUAUGCACAAUUUGUUUGUGAUAAUACAGAGAUAAACUGUGAAAAAUCAGUGAAAGUCUCAAAUCUGUUGCCACAAAAAUAUUUAUUCUGAUUCUGGAUGGUGGUGCCAUUUCUGUUGGGGCUUUGGAGGUGUCGGCAUCAUAUCAGGGCUCUCCAAAUUAUCCAAAGCAGGGUGUGAAAUGUGAAAAAAUAAAAAACCGAGGGGAAUGUUUUGGGGGGGGGGUUUAUCGAUGAAAAAUAAUCCAGGAACCACCUAUUUACUCUGAACCCUGUCAGAGUUUUUAUUAUCUAUUACACCUGUCAAUGUAAUUUAGUGAAUUCAGAACUUAAAACGCCACAUGGCAACCUGUGCAGUCACCUUGCUAGAAGUUUAGUAUGUUCAACGAGCAGCCUCUGGGUCUCCACUUGGUUACUGACAGAAAAAAAAAUAAACCCAAUCACCGGUAACCACAGAUAUUUCCUUGUUGGAAUGAGGUUGCCAUCAUAUUUUUACUCUAGUGUGACUGAGACUUUAGAAGUCCUAAUGUUCCUGAUUGUUGAGCCUGAAACGGGAGUUUCUGCUUUUAGCUGCUAUUGCAGGUAGUUGGAACUAUAGUCUGAUAAAUUUGACCUGUUGCUUCAGUUAUACUGCUACUCCAAGGUUUUCUAUGCAAAUAAUUUAAAGUAGAUCUGAAUGUAUUCUUGCACACCCACUGCUAAUUUUACUGUUUGGACUCAAAUAUCAUGGCAAAACGUAGGUUUAUUAAAAGCUCACUCUGGUGUUUCACAUUUUUCUCCUUUUUAAGUAUUUGUCAAAGUCAGUGUGUGAAACACCUCGGCCAAACACUAACGUUUUUAUUUUUGUUUAGAUGUGCACUCUGAAGAACAUAUUUUUAGUCCCUAUCUUUACUCAGAGAAUUAUUUCAGAAAAAUGCAUUGAAUAGGACAAAAAUAAGAAACACCAGUAUGAGUCUUUAACCUUACCCUUGAAAAUAAAUGCCAAUUAUAUAUUAAUUCAAAUCUCGCUAAAAGAGUAAUGAGUCUCGCCUUGAUAAUAUAUUUAUUCAAAUACCAGAAUUCCAACACUUACUGCACUUUUUAAAAAUAAAUCUCGGCAGAAUAAACACUAGUUUAUCUUAAUCUAAACCCGUAUGGAGCUAAAGAGCUUUAAAAGUGCAGAAUACACACUAUUACAGUUAUACCAUCCAGUAUUUUUUUAUCCAUUUGCAUUCAUGUAAUUUGAUGAUGACGUUUUAAAGGGCUAAAAAGCCCGCUCCAUAAUCUCAUAUCAGGAUUUAAUACUGAGAUAUCAUUAUAUUAAUUUAAUAGGUUUUUACUAAUGGUGUGAAACAUGAUCCACCAAACAGGUCAAAUAUUCACUGCCGUUUUCCUAAAUUAUAUGAACUUGUAGAGCUUUACUGUUUUGUAUAGUUCUACUUUUAUACAUGUCUACAUGGUACAAUCAAACAGUUGCACAUAUUUCAAUUUCAAUUUUUAUUUAUACAGCGCCAAAUUACAACAACAGUCGCCUCAAGGCUUUAUAUUG